UCGUAUAGUGCGCAACUGUAAACUGGAAGGUUUUUGACAGCCCAGCUGCUCCAUCAGGGGACGCGGCGGGUACCACACUUGCUAUUAUUGUGAAAUUCCCGCGCCCCCUGAAAUUUCUGACUUGAUAACUAGAGAUGUCUUUGAUAAAUAUUGAAGAUGAUCAGAGAUGGGUGCCUACGCACGUCCAGGUAACCGUCCUGCGGGGCAGGGGACUGCGGGCAAAGGGUAAGCAUGGAACCAGCGACGUUUACACCGUUAUUCAAGUGGGGAAAGAGAAAUUUACCACGGCUGUGUUUGAAAAGACUACUGCUCCGGAGUGGUCGGAAGAAUGCGCCUUCGAGCUGUUACCCGGAGUACUUGAAGCUGGGGGACGGGGCGCCUAUCCUCCCGGGAGUAGCGACCUGGCCUUUACAGUGAUGCAUCGAGCCUUGAUCGGACCUGAUGUAUUUCUAGGACAUGUCGUCUUGCCCUUGGAUAAAGUCUUCCAAGACAGGAUAUGUCUGAGGAACGAAUGGUAUAAGCUGCGGUCCAAGUCAGGGAGAAAGGAGAAGGAGCGGGGGGAGCUCCAGGUAACGGUCCAGUUCACCCGGAACAACCUGACUGCCAGUAUGUUUGACCUCUCCGUCAAAGACAAGCCGCGGUCUGCCUUCGGCAAGCUCAAGGACCGCAUGGCGGGCAAGAAGCGGGGGGACGCCGAGUCAGCCUCCGCCAUCGUGCCGGGAGGCUACGCCAUCCUGUCGGGCGGGGGGAGGCGCAUCUCGGGGGAGGAGGUCACGGACGAUGACGACGAGGGUCGGAGGAGUAAGGUGAAGAGCUUCUUCCUGAAGGGCAGGCUGCGGCGGUCGUCGGACGUGCAGUCCAGCACUUCGCUGGCCUCGGAGUGCAGUGGGGCCUCGUCUCCAGGAGGGAGCCUCAGCCCCACUGCUGGGGUCAACAUGCUGGUGUCGGACCUCUCCAACUCCCCCAGCGAGGACAGCAACCACCCAGCCGACAGCAGCCACGUGCAAUCUGUCCAGGUUCCCCCAAAGCCGAUGACCCACAAGAGGGCGUUCAGCGACGAGGUGAGCAGGAUCACCGUGGCCCUGCCCAGGCCCCGCGCCGUGGAGACGCUCCGGGCGCAGAACGCGCCCCUCUCCCGCUCCUCUCUCUGCAUCAACGGCAUCCAUGUGUACGGGGCCGAACCGCUGGGGCCCGGCCCCAGCACCCUGCCCGCCACUCUGGGGCUGCUCCAAAAGUGUGCCCCGCUCUCACGCUCCCUCCAGAACCUCGCCCGCCGGGCCGAAGACCCCCGCAGGAGCCCUGGUACCGCACGCCGCUGGUCUUUCGACCGGGACGGGAAGGAGGAGAAGGUGCCCCCCGCCACGGCUCAAGCCGAGUCCUCUGGCCAGCCGUCGGAGGCCACCAUGGGGACUGUCGCCACCGUGACAGUGAAGCCGGAUUCAGCCAGUGAGGGCAAGAAGCAGAAGAAGAAUCUUUUCUCCCAUGGGAGGAGUGAGACAGCAGGGAAGGGCUCUGACACGCCCAAGGCAGAGCAGGGGCAGGCUCCGCACCUUCCUGAGGAGAGAUAUAAGGGAUGGUUCAGUGCCAAGGAUUCACAGAACAAGCCGAGCCAGGAAGUGUCUCCUAUGGUAGAAACCAGCACAGAUGCACCCUGUCACCCUUCACUUUGCUCCCCUAUUCACUUGCUGCCUUGCCCCUCCCCUGCUUCUGCUUCACCAGGCAGCGGGCAUAAUGCUAAUCCCUUCACCCCCUCCCCUGCAACCCCACCCAUAUCCCCCUCCAACCCCUUCCUCACCCGUCUGCAGUGCAACCCCUUCUAUGAGGAGCUCCUAGCUGACCAGGCAGUAAAAUGUUCCCUACCUACUCCACCCCGCCCCUCCAGCUCUCCCCUCUGGCUCUCCACAGCCGCCCCUUCCAGGCCCAAUGCCCCUGCUACAACCCUCAACGCAGUGCCUCAGAAACCAUUUGUUCCACAAAGGGAGCGGCCCAGGGGUGUAUCCCGACAGAGAUCUCUUCCUGCCUUACUCUCCAGAACAUCUAACUCCUCCCCCAACCCCUUCACCACACGCUCCCUGUCUGAGAGCGGCUGCGAGUGGGACGAGUCGUUCGAAGCCUUUGCGACAAGCAGGCUGAAGUCACCGCGAGGCCUCAGUCACAGAAGAAAUGGCGGGACCAAGGAGUGGCCUGUGGAUGGGAUUGCAGAGGAGACUGUGGUCAAUGAGUCAUCGGUCCCAUCUGGGAAAGUCCCGCCCCUUCCCCCACGCUGGCCUGUGAGGACUCCGGUGAAAGAGUGCCGCAGUGACAGCUGGUUGGACAGGGCCCAGGAGCUAGCAGUGAAGAAGGAGGCAUGUCUGCUGUCUCAGACAGACGCGGCCUCCAUGCUACACCGCAAGGAGGGGGAACGCAAGAGAAACACCCCUUGCUCAUUCCAGGACCUUUCAGAGGAGAAAGGCAAAAUGACGGAACCACUCAUGAAACCCUCCAACUCUGAUCCAUCGUCAGGGCAUGUGCGUGAAUGUCCAGUGAAGAGUUUCUCUCGCAAGUCCUCAGCUUUGCAACAAGCUGGUCUAACAGUAUCAGGCUGUGACCUUGAGGGCCUGUCAAGGAACCACAGGUUUCAACAAGGACACACUUCUGUGGAACAAGGGCCCAACAAUGAAACAAACCUAAGCAGCACACCUGAGUUCUUUGCCUUAGAAGUGCCUGAAGUAUUAGAUGAAGUAGGUUUCACAAGCAAUACUUUCAUAGAAGUGGAAGACAAGCUUCCUUCACUUUUGUCAGAAAUAUACCGUAAUAAAUCAGAGACUGAUGAGACUGAUUCCACUGCCACUGUUCCAACACACAGAGUGUGUACAGCUAAUCAGAAGUCCCAUGUCACUUCUGCUAAUAUACUUGAGCCUGUUCCUAAUAUUACCACUGUCCACCCAAGCACUACUAGCACCAAAAUGAUGGAUUCAGAAGUGAACAUGCAUAUCCCCAAUAAAAAUGUUUGUGAUUCACAGCUUGCUAGUACUAACUCUGCUCUUUCUUGCGAUGCCAGGAUUGAUAAUGUCUUUGAGAUAAACAACAACACAGACAAAGAUUUUGGCCUGUCUCUAUCUGUUCCCAGACUCCUCCCUGACAAAGUGCACCUGAAUAAAUGCCACAGUUUGACAUCAAACACCUUCCGAAAUCCUGCUACCAUGGUGUCAGUGGAUUAUGGUGAUGCAAUUAGCUGCAUGCCCAUUUCUCCUGGUCCAAAUGUGGGAUCGACAUUUGGGAUUACCAGAAAUGCUGCUGAAGUUUUGGACAUGGAAUCAGAUUUCAAUAUUUCUACAGAACCAGUGGAAGCUUCUUCAUCUGAGGUCAGGCAUCCCCUUGGGACUUCUGUGGAAGCAAGUAUUUAUGGACAUUUCUCAUCUCUGACUGGAGCACAAACAAACAACACUCACUUUGGAAACACAGACACAGGGAAUGCUAACAUAAGGGUCAUUGGCAAAGAAUGCUCGCAGACAGAAUUGCCACCUGGAGACCAAAAGACGGUUUCAGUGAUGCCCGGAAAGGCCUCGGCUGCAGAAGUGGGCCUAGGUAAUACCUUUGAACAGUCUCCAAUUGUUUUAGAUGCUCAGUCUGGUGACUCACAUCUUGGCAACAUGUUUCAAGGAAAUCUUAUGGAAGAACAUGAUAACUCAAACUUGAAGACAUCACACAAAGCUUCUGCAAAUCACCUUUACUGCAACAGCCCGUUGAUAAGCCAUUGUCUAGAAACAAAUGAGCUGAGAACUGUUCGUGAACAAGGAGCACUUAUCUCCUGUUCUCCUGCUGAAGAUAAAACCAUUGGGGAAACCACUGAGAAUGAACAUGUUCUUCAUCCUGUGAAAAACACCAGUGAAGUUUCGAUGUUUUCGAACACAGAGGCAAAGGAUGGGCCUUUGUUCAAGGCUACAUGCUCCCAGAAUGUUCCUUCUCUCAUUGGACUAUUACAGCAGGAUGAAUGUGACAAGCAGGAAGGUAGUGAGCCACCGGCCAAACCCCCCAGACUUUACGAGUCCACAGCAGUAGGUCAACAUGUGAAUGAGGAAUCUAAAGAAAGCCAGGAGCCUGUACAUUGCAGGAAGUAUGGGUAUGUAGAGCCUGUUGUGUUGGAAUACCCUCUCUCUAAAAACACGCAGAAGAUCAGCUUUGAGGAUCUUCAUGCCAAAGUGGCUCCAAGCUCCAGAAGUCAGACGCAACCCAGGCUCCCACUGCAUGGCUCUGCACCUUGGGCUUCUUCCGCCCCAUACCCAGCAGCUAAAUCUAAUGCUCAGUCUGCCCUCUUACCCCUGCCCGUCCUAAUCCCCCCCACUGUGAGGCCAACAGCAGGGACCGCCCAGGCCACUGCUACCCCCUCCUCCACUGCUCCACGUGUGAUUGGCUCAGCGCACACAGUUCUGCCCAAGGAGACAUGCCGGGCUACAAGCUCCCUGUCCCACCAAGAGAGCAGCCCCCACCCAGUGAAGCCACUGACCACUUCAGCCCUCCAGGGAGAAAAGAAGCCAGAGGGCCGCUCAGUACUGGUCAGUGGUUUGGAGAAGUUCAAGUCCACCAUGAAACCAGGGCGAGUAUCCCAGACAGUCGAGCCUGAGGAUGACAGUACUAAGUCUCUUUCAGAGAGAGCAGCCCAGUAUGACCACCUAACCAAUAACGAAAUCAUUGCCCUGUUACUGCAACGAGAGGCAGAGCUGGAGAAGAAGGGGGCAGAGAUGGCGAAGCAGGGGGCGUUGCUGGAGAAGAGGGAAGUAGAGAUAAAGAAGAUGAAGGUACAGGUGCGGGAUCUGGAGGACUACAUCGACCGGCUGUUGGUGCGCAUCAUGGAGCAGACACCCACAAUUCUGCAGGUGCGCUCCAGAUAUAAGUGAAGGUCCAGCCCCAUCAGCUUGGGGGGAGUUCAAACUCCACCCAAAACCACACCCACUACCCUAGUGACCCCAUUUUACUAUACUGCCCUUUCAAUAUGGACUCAGGAUAGGAAAGCUGGGGUUGCAUGUUUACCUCCUUGGUUUUCAUUAUUUAUUAAGGAUAAAGAUAUAUAGGAGGUAGUGUUAGGAAUGAGGUGGGGUGAUUUGAAUGGUUCAUAUGAACAUGAUUAGCGUGGAUUAAAAAGAGCCAGCCUCAGUCGUGGUAACCAUACCCACAUAGUGCAAUAUGAUAAAGCAGGUGACUUCUCUCUUAACAAAUAAGACUCAUUACUUUCCUGGCCCCCUGAAGUGUUUGGCCACUAUGUGCUCUUGAAAGUUAUAUCUGUAAUAAGCCAAAAUAUGGGACGAGAACUAGAGAAUCCAAAGUCUCAAAGUUCAGACAACAUUCUUUGAUUUCAACUCAUGGGAAGUGCACAUGAUAUGAAGCCUGUCACUCAAGGCUGUUUCUCUAUCAUUACGCCUUAUUAUUGCUUUAUUUUUGCUUAAAAAAAAUGUGGAGUAUGAUGCAAACUCUGGCAUCCACUCACAUUGGGAUGCAGAGAUGUCCACUGCAGCUUCUCUAAAACUAGAGUGUAGAACUGAGUCCUGUGGUACUUUCUCUGUGCUUUUGGCACAGCUUUCGUAUAAUUGCAGCAAAACGCCUCAGACCUGGCUUUGACUGGCUCCCUCCCUCUUCAACACACCUCCUUCCUGCACGUUUGCCGCUUACCUUGCUUUCAAGUGUGCUAAAAGGAAGGGAGAAUUUUAGUACCACGUAUGCCAUACGAACCUGCCAAAUGCUGCCUUAUUUUAUAUAUGUUGUUGGUGUUGAUUUGUGUUCAUUUAUAUUUUAGCAUUUGAUGCAAUAGUUUGUGAUUGAAAGAAUAUGUGACUGAGCCUGUAAAUUAAGCUGUACUUUGAAUAUCCAAUGUGCUUCCAAAACAUCAUUUAAGUUCUGUGAAUGGUAAUGAGUGUUUUUUUGUUUGUUUGGGGUUUUUUUACUUAACAGUUUUUCUUUAUGCAUUUUAUUUUAUAUGCAUUCAACGUAAAAAUGUCUAGAAAUGAAUAAUAAAAAUUUUUUGUUGUUUGUUUUUUGCUGACUACCUCCCUUCCUAGCUUCCACUGAGAGAACAACACAAUUAAACAUGCAUUGUAAACUAUCCUUCUCUGUAAAAUGUGUAGCUUCAACUCUGGAGUAUAUAUAGUAUAUAUAAUCCUGGAAAUUGACACAGUAAUAAUGCUUGUUCAAACAAAACCCAUGCCAAGAUGCUAAUGUUAUUUAUCAAUAUCACCCCUGAUUGCGCUUUGCAAUAAAUGCAGCACAGGCCAAAUUCAAUCGCAGUAGGUUUGUCAGAAUAUCAUUGUGUUGAUAUUUUGUACAAUUUUAACACAGUAAGGUGCUUAAAAGAGUUUUAACGCCCGGCUACUAACCAGUUUUAACCAACUGAUUGCAUUGGCGUUUCCUCUUUAUGAUGUAGACAAAACAAACUUAAGUCUACAGUUAUACCAUGCAAUUUCUUUUGUCAAUCUUUCAUGGGGUCCAAGGAGUUCUUUUAGGAUGUGGAACAAGGGGAUGAACAAGGGUAUAUAAAUGUUAAUGUGAUAUAUGCUUUGCAUUUCAUUCUCUUCACAUCAGUUCAUUAUACAUUUUCUUGAAAUUCUCAAAAGCACUUUAACACUAAUAAUUAGAUGUUAAUUUUUUUUAUCAGAUUUUUUAUUUGACUUGGUUUGGGGUGCAGUUACGUUGUACUGCUCUACAUUACCCAUUGCACCAACACAGCACUAGUUAUUUUAGUAUAGGUCUCUCUUACUUGAUUUAUUAUUGUAUGCCGGCAGAUUGAAGAGCUUUUCUGAUGCACAUUUUGAUGUUGGUUGCUUGUCCUGUUGGAUUCCAUCUGUGUGUAUCAUUUGGUUUCCUGAUACUCUGGGGCUUGUGACUAAUGCUGCAAAUGUAAGGUAACAUCAACACGCAUUGCUGUUAGUCCAUGCAUGGCUUCUUUGUGACAUACUCAACAAUUCAGUAUUGUUGACAACUGUGAAACCAUGCCUAGCUUUUGUUUUAGUUUUGUUAUUGUGUCAUUAUUUCCUGGUUUGGAUACUUGAUUGGACAAUUUGUAGAGGUGUUCUGUUGGAGUUGAUAUGACAAGUUUAACACAUGUUCAAGUCGGCCAUAUGUCAUUUUUUAAGUAUCAGUCAUCUUCAAUGUCCUGGAGCAUACCUUACAUAAAUGAAGGACGGAAAUUAAUUCAGCUAAAGAGUAUUUGUCUCCUUAUAAUCGUUGUUUGACUGUUUUUUCUGCAUUUUGUGUACCAAGAAUACCAUGUGUUCAGUGUUCAUUUUUCCCCAAGUUGGUUGUAUAUGACAUUUCAAGCAUAAGGUUCUCGUAUACAAAAAUAUGCGAUUUUGGCACUGUGGUGUGAAAUAAAGACCUGCUUUUCACCAUUAA